AUGAGGAAUGCAAAACUAGGAGUCUUGUUUGUGAUUGAAAUGAUGAGAUUAGGAAUUCUGCUUCCUCUUAUCAACGCCUGCCAGAAUAUCCUUCGAAUUGCGCCUGUGCCUGUAUCAGAGUCUGACGCCUGCCAAAAUAUCCUUCGAAUUGCACCUAUGCCUGUAUCAGAGGUGUAUGACGAUGGUUCGUAUGAUGAUUGUUUAUACUGGGUGUAUGACGAUGGUUCGUAUGAUGAUUGUUCGUACUGGGUGUAUGACGAUUGCUCGUACUGGGUGUAUGAUGAUUGUUCAUAUUGGGUGUAUGACGAUGGUUCGUAUGACGAUUGUUCGUAUUGGGUGUAUGAAGAUGGUUCGUAUGACGAUUGUUCGUACUGGGUGUAUGACGAUUGUUCGUAUGACGAUGGUAAUCAGUACCAUGCUGGAAUCGGUACCUUUGCCCUUAUAGAUCCAUGUGUAGCUUUGACAUCAACAGUUGCUUCAGUAGCCAAUGUGCUGAAUCUUGCAAUUUCAACCAUGACUUUGUUAGAGGUAAUCAAGGAUGCUUCAAUCAAUUCAAAACCGCUUGAUUUACCUUUGGAUUACCCAAUUGUUCUGAACCCAGAUAGUAUCUUACCCAAUUUAAAGCCAAAAGACAUAGAUGAAUCUUCUUCAUCACUCAUAAAGCCCCUUAUCGGAUGGAAUGUUCCGCCAACUGUUGCUGAGAUCACUGACAUUAACAAAAAGUUCUUUACACAGCUGAAUGCUAGGUUCAUGAACACUAAUAAUUUGGAUAAGGGUGAGUUUAUUAGUAGUUUGAAGUCUUAUCUAGAAAACAUCAGGGACAAAGUAGGGGUUGUGAUUGAGGUCGAUACGUCCAGUAGUGAUUAUAACAGGAUUUUGAUUGAUAAGCUUGGAACAUUCGUGGGUAAAGAUGUUGCUGGCCUGGUAUUGAAUGGGUGUGUAUCUUUGGAGAUUUGGGACGUGAUUGAGGCUUUGAUUGUUAAUGUUACUAUUGAGCAUUCUUGCUAUUCAAACCUGAUUACCAAAUUAGUGGAAAAAAAGAGGUCUUAUUUGCUCUGUUUGUGCAUAAAGCAUGUUUGGGAUCUUGGUUCAUCAGAAAUAAUCACCAUUUUGAGGUAUUUUCUUUCUCCAUCCAAAGAUGCUUAUGACAGUAUGGUAACUGUGAAGCUGGAGUGGGAGAGCCAAGCAGUGUUAGCCAUUGAGACAGCAAGUGAUAGCAAGCUGAAGACGAAGAAAUUGGUUAUGGCAAAGGAGGCUUCCAUUUUGCUUAUGAUGGCAUAUGAUGGUUUCUCUGCGUCUGAGACUUGUUUGCAUUAUCUGAUUGCUUCAUCCAACAUCAAUGACGUGGUGCUAUCCCCUUCAUUCGGUAAGUUGAAUGGAAAAGAAUUACUAAAUUUGAUUCGCUAUUUAGCCAAAUGGUUGAAGAAAUACCAGAGGUUUCCACAAGCACGACCAUGUCCGAGAGCCUCGUCGGUUUUGAAUUUGAAGGCUUGCGAUUGGGUUCCUAAACUCGAAGAUGUUAUAAAAUAUCUUGGCUUGGUGCUUGAUGAGAAAUUUUCGUCAUUGGUGUUACAUCCAUUGUUUCACGAGGAGCUGAGAUCAAUUGAAGAAAUGGUUAGUUGUUUAACUUCUGAAGCCAAAUUUUGUAACUUAAUGGCUGAUGUAAUCGACAUACUAAAGAUCGAUCGUGAAAAUUUGUAA